GGAACCAGGCCUCUUUCCGGUCUUUCCGAGAAGGGCUAACCACGCUGUUCCUGGCUCACCGCUGUUCGCUUGAAUUUAUCCCGAAUAAGUCGGUCAGGAAUAAUCGCCAUGGCUUUAAAGGACACUGGCAAGGCACCCGUCGAGACUGAGGUCGCCAUCCACCGCAUCCGCAUCACCCUCACCAGCCGCAACGUCAAGUCUCUGGAGAAGGUCUGCGCAGAUCUGAUCCGUGGGGCUAAGGAGAAGAACCUGAAGGUGAAGGGACCAGUCCGCAUGCCUACCAAGACUCUGCGCAUCACCACCAGAAAGACCCCCUGUGGUGAAGGUUCCAAAACCUGGGAUCGUUUCCAGAUGAGGAUCCACAAGCGCCUGAUCGAUCUGCACAGCCCAUCUGAAAUCGUCAAGCAGAUCACCUCCAUCAGCAUCGAACCCGGUGUAGAGGUUGAAGUUACCAUCGCAGACGCAUAAACAAAUGCAGAUGAUACAAUAAAGACAUAAAAAAGGAAAA